ACACCGGUCAAGGUCGAGGAGUCCCCGGCUGCACCGGAGUCGCCUGCCGCCAGCGAGGGGGCCGCUCGGGCGAGUGCCCUGCUGCCUUCCCCAGGGAGCAGGCUCAGCCCCGCGGACGGAGGGAAGGCGCGUGCUCGACGGUGGUGCCGCCGCCGCCUUCACUUUCGCUUUCUCGGCAGCGGCUGGGGUGGUUCCGCCUGCAGGUCAGUGCCGGGCGGCCAGCAGCAGCAGCAGCAGGAGCCCCGCGCAGCUUUGCGGUGCGCGCCAUCCAGCCAGCGCUGCUGAAGCCCCGCGGCGGAGAGGGAGGCGGCUCGCAGCAGCCCCCGGGCAGCGCAGCACAUGGCAUGCGGCUCACCAUCCGGCUCGCCUGCAAGUACCCCAUCCCCAUCUCCAAGCUGCGUAGAGCUUUAAAGGUCAAGACCAGCACCUUGAAUCUAGCCCAGAAGUGGACUGUUAACCAAUGAAGCUGCCGCAGGAUGCGUGUGACACUCAUGAAGUGACUUGUACCCAGGAUCAUCCUUGUAGCAGCAUCCUGGACCAGCUGAAGCUCCGAACCGUCUUCAAGGGCAGCCCCACGUAGAGCGCAUAUCAGUAGUCCUAUCUGGAUGUUACCAAAGCAUGAGUAACUGAGAGGUCAGAUCUGACUUUUCCAGAGCGAGUGUGGCAUGGUGACCAGAGACCAGGGUUCAAAUCUACUAAGCCACAUAAGUUACAGGGCGACUCUAGGCUGAGAGGAGGUUGGCAGCUGAACUUGCGUCCGAAGUCUCUGAAUUCUGUCGUGCUGGAAGAGGCAACCUUGAUGGAGGAGACACCCAGAAAAGAGCAGCAGGCCCUAAGGCUGGCAGAAGCCAUCCAAGGAGGGGACGAGGAGGGAGCCCAACAGUGUGCCGUCUGGCUGGCUGAGCGGCAUGUCCCAGUCACGGUGCAGGUGAAAGAAGAGGCCUACCCCAAGAGAGACAUCAGACUGUGGGUGGGUGUGGAAGACGCCCUGAUGAGCACGGUACCCAUUUACCUGAAGGUUCAACCUUGCAUGACCUUGGCUUCCCUCAAAGACAUGGUGUUCCUCCUCUACGGCUUUCCUCCUAGUGUGCAGCAGUGGGUGAUAGGCCAGAGGCUGCCUCGAGACCAUGAGACCCUCCACUAUCACGGCAUCCAGAGAGACGGUGACGCUGCUUAUCUCUACCUCCGCUCCGCCAGGGCAGCCAAGCUGAGCAAAGAGUCCUUCCAGCGGGACCAUGAGCGCAGGCAGCUGAAGGAGUUGGGCAUUAAAGAGGAGACCCUGCUGGCGCGGGGGACGGCGGAAACGGCAGCCCCAGCUCCAAGGGAGCCCUUGGAUACCCUGGAGGAGAGGAGCGCCUUGGUUGCUCCCCGCCCUGCCCUGCCCCCCCAGGUCAGCUGGGAGUGCCCAAGUUGUACCUAUCUCAACAAGCCCACACGACCCGGCUGCGAAAUGUGCUGUGCUGAUCGGCCCCAGGACUACCAUGUGCCCGAAGCCUAUCAGCCGGAUGAGGAGGAGCUGGUGCGGCUGCAGAAGGAGGAAGAAUCCAUGCGCCAGUAUCAGCAGGUGGAAGAGCAACAGAAACAGAAGAAUUUCCAGCAGUUCCUGCAGCUGGAUGGGCAGAGCCUGGUGCCGUCUGAGGAGGCCCUGGAGUGUCCGAUCUGCUUUGUGGCCUUGCAGCCUGGGGAGGGCGUGACCUUGCGCGAAUGUCUGCAUUCCUUCUGCAGGGACUGCUUGAGAGGGACCAUCCUCAACUGCCAGGAACCGGAAGUGUGUUGCCCCUACAUGGAUGAGAAUUACUCUUGCCUAGAGCAGCUGCUGGAGCGUGAGAUCAAAGCUCUCUUGAGUGACGACGAGUAUCAGCGCUUCCUGGACCUGGGCGUUUCUGUGGCCGAGAUCCGCAGCCACUCCAGCUACCACUGCAAGACCGCCGACUGCCGGGGCUGGUGCGAAUUUGAGGAUGACGUGAAUGAGUUCCCAUGUCCCGUGUGCGGCAAGGUGAACUGCCUGCUUUGCCAGGCUAUUCAUGAAAACAUGAACUGCAAAGAGUACCAGGAUGAUCUCCGAAUCCGAGCUCAGAAUGACCAGGCUGCACAGCAAACCACGGAGACGUUGCUGUCCUUGGUGCAGAAAGGGGACGCCAUGUUCUGCCCCUCAUGCAGGAUCAUCAUCCAGAAGAAAGAUGGCUGUGACUGGAUCCGAUGCACCGUCUGCCACACUGAGAUCUGCUGGGUGACCAAGGGCCCACGCUGGGGACCCGGGGGCUCCGGUGAUACGAGUGGUGGCUGCCGUUGCAAGCUGAACAGAGGAGCCCUCUGCCACCCAAAUUGUCAGAACUGCCAUUAAGCAAGAGGGAACAAGGAAGGAUCUGGAUGUCUGCUUCUCGGGGGCAAAAGCUGGGAUUGUAGCCCAGUUGGAUUUGGGGCCUCUGGGCUUCUCUGCAUUUGUGACCGUGAAGCCUGUGGAACUGGUGCUCUGGACUCUAUGCCUGCGGACAGAUUCUCUGCAGAACGACUAUGUAACUUCCUGUUUCAACACAGGAGGAUUGAAUAAGGGAAGAAUGGCCUUGCUGACUCCCCCGCCCUCCUCUCCCUGGAUGUGCGUAUAUUUUGUACUUUGUAUAGGAGUGUCACUCCUCUGAGCAGCCAGGCUUGUCCUGGUGUCAGUGGAGAUGUUUUGCCCACAGAACAAACAUUUCUUCCUUAUGCCCCUUCAGCAUAUGCAUUAGAGGCCUCCGUUGAGGUUGUUGGCUAGGAGCCAGGGGUGCUCUGGUCAAGGCAGGGCUCUUCAAACUUGGGUCCCCAGAUGUGGGACCUCUGGCCACUGUGGCUGGGGAUGAGUUGCAGUCCAACAUCUGGGGCCCCAAAGUUUGAGAAGCCCUGGAUAAGGCAUUGGAUGCCUAGCCAAGGUCUUUUGACUCCUAUCACAGAAUUUGCAUUGCCUCCCGUGCAUUACAGCCAGCCUACUUGGCUCCAGUUCCACUACAAAAUAUACUGGCUUGGUGCAUGUCAAAUCUUUUUGUGUGCGCGCCAAUAAAUAGAUAUUUAUAAGCUUA